UCAAAGUGUGUGUUUAUAAAAGCUCUAGCAAGACAAAGCAAGUAUGGACAUGUAGAUUGCACCAUAAUAACUCCCCCUCCAAUCCAGAACCAACAAAAGCACCACCAACUUUAGAGCUUCGAAGGUUUUCUGUGUUUCCUUGUAUUGCUCCAAUGGAGGAAGAAUCGAGAGAAUUUACAGAAGCAGAAGCCACCCACAACAUGGAAGGAGAAGCAGAUGAAGAAGAGAUAGACCCAGAAAGCAAUCCACUAAACGAGCUACUCCUCAAGAGAAGUAGGACGAUUUCCUCCAAUCCACUCGCCAUGGUUGGAGCCAAAGUUUCCCAUAUAGAGAGCUUGGACUAUGAGAUCAAUGAGAAUGAUCUGUUCAAGCAUGACUGGAGAAGCAGAUCCAAAAUCCAAGUAUUGCAGUAUAUAUUCUUGAAAUGGGCAUUGGCAUUUCUUGUUGGACUUCUCACUGGUUUAAUUGCUACCCUCAUCAAUCUUGCCAUUGAGAACAUUGCUGGCUUCAAGCUUCUUGCAGUUGUUCACUUAGUUCAGAAGAAAAGGUUUUUUAUGGGAUUUAUCUAUUUCACGGGGGCUAAUUUUCUUCUGACUAUGUCUGCUGCUGUUUUAUGCGUCUGUUUUGCACCAACUGCAGCUGGGCCUGGGAUACCUGAAAUCAAAGCUUAUCUUAAUGGAGUGGACACUCCCAACAUGUUUGGCGCUGCAACGUUGAUCGUCAAGAUAGUUGGUAGCAUAGGAGCUGUCUCGGCUGGAUUAGAUCUGGGAAAAGAAGGGCCGUUGGUACACAUUGGCUGCUGCGUUGCUUCCUUACUAGGCCAAGGCGGGCCUAACAAUUACAGGCUUAAAGGGCGCUGGAUUCACUACUUCGACAACGACAGGGACCGCCGUGAUCUUAUUACCAGUGGUGCGUCCUCUGGAGUUUGUGCAGCUUUCCGAGCUCCAGUGGGUGGUGUUCUCUUUUCUCUUGAAGAGGUUGCUACAUGGUGGAGGAGUGCUCUCCUCUGGAGAACAUUCUUCAGCACGGCGGUUGUGGUGGUGGUGCUCAGGGCUUUUAUUGAAAUAUGCAGUACUGGGGAAUGUGGACUUUUCGGGACAGGAGGGCUUAUCAUGUUUGAUGUGAGCAAUGUUACUGUAAGGUAUCAGGUGAUGGAUAUCAUCCCAGUAGUUGUAAUUGGCAUUAUUGGUGGAAUUUUGGGAAGCCUUUACAACUAUCUUAUGCACAAGAUCCUCAGACUCUACAGUCUCAUCAAUCAGAUGGGACGAAUGCAUAAGAUCCUUCUCAGUCUCACUGUCUCACUCUUCACCUCAGCGUGCCAAUAUGGUCUCCCUUUUCUAGUCGAAUGCCGGCCUUGCGAUCCCACCCUUUCAGCAACUGAAUGCCCCACCAAUGGACGGUCUGGCAACUUCAAGCAAUUUAAUUGCCCAAAUGGUUACUACAAUGACCUAGCCACUCUACUCCUUACAACAAAUGAUGACGCUGUCCGAAACAUCUUCUCCACAAACACUUCUACAGAAUAUCAAAUCCCCUCCCUCCUAAUCUUCUUUGCACUCUAUUGCAUCUUAGGAUUGUUUACCUUUGGAAUUGCUGUGCCGUCUGGACUUUUCCUCCCAAUCAUCCUCAUCGGCUCAGGUUAUGGCCGCCUGCUAGGAAUAGCCAUGGGGUCUUAUACAGAUAUUGACCAGGGGCUCUUUGCGGUACUUGGUGCAGCCUCGCUCAUGGCUGGCUCAAUGAGGAUGACUGUUUCACUUUGUGUAAUAUUCCUUGAACUCACCAACAACCUUCUCUUACUACCCAUAACAAUGAUUGUGCUCCUAAUUGCCAAAACUGUUGGAGACAGUUUCAAUCCCAGCAUCUAUGAGAUUAUACUAGACUUAAAAGGCCUGCCUUUCUUGGACGCACAUCCAGAACCAUGGAUGAGAAAUAUCACUGUUGGUGAGCUAGCUGAUGCCAAGCCCCCGGUCGUCACCCUCCAUGGAGUGGAAAAGGUGGCCCGUAUAGUGGAUGUCCUGAGAAAUACAACACACAAUGGCUUCCCUGUUGUAGAUGAUGGGGAGGUGCCACCAGUGGGACUAGCCACUGGGGCAACUGAACUACAUGGAAUAGUCCUAAGAGCUCACCUUCUUCAAGCUCUGAAGAAAAAAUGGUUCUUAAGAGAGAAAAGAAGAACAGAGGAGUGGGAAGUGAGAGAGAAAUUUACCUGGGUUGAUCUGGCUGGGAGGGAAGGAAAAAUUGAGGAGGUGGCAGUGACAAGGGAUGAAAUGGAGAUGUAUGUUGAUCUGCAUCCUCUCACCAAUACAACACCUUACACUGUGUUGGAGAGCAUGUCAGUGGCAAAGGCCAUGGUGCUUUUCAGGCAGGUGGGACUUCGCCAUUUGCUAAUUGUACCCAAGUAUCAAGCAGCCGGGGUGCCUCCAGUGGUUGGGAUUUUGACCCGGCAGGACUUGAGGCCCUACAACAUUUUGACAGCCAUUCCUCAUUUGGAGGUGAGUUCGAAGGGCAGAGAAAAGGGGAACUGAGUCUCUCAUAAUCA